CAUGGUGAACCUGCAGUGUUCGGAGGACCUUAGGAUGUUCCUGUGUGCCCUCUACGCUCCAGUCUGUAUGGAGUAUGGCCGCGUGUCCAUGCCCUGCCGAGCCCUGUGCCACCGCGCCAAGAGGGACUGCCACAAACUCAUGGAGAUGUUCGGUGUGACCUGGCCAGACGAGAUAGAGUGUAGCAGGUUCCCAGACUGUGAUGAGCCCUACCCCCGUGCUGUGGACCUGCAGACAGGCGUGGACCCCACAGACAUCUCUCCCAUGUCCAUCCAGAGGGACUACGGCUUCUGGUGCCCCCGCGAGCUCAAGAUGGAGCCUGACCUGGGCUACUCGUUCCUGGGCACGCGCGACUGCUCGGCCCCCUGCCCCAACAUGUACUUCCAGCGCCCGGAGCUCACCUUUGCCCGCUACUUCAUCGGCGUGGUGUCUAUCGUGUGUCUUUCGGCAACGCUCUUCACCUUCCUCACGUUCCUCAUCGACGUCACGAGGUUCCGCUACCCUGAGCGGCCAAUCAUCUUCUACGCCGUCUGCUACAUGAUGGUGUCACUGGUGUUCUUUCUGGGCUUCCUAUUGGAGGACAGGGUGGCGUGCAAUGCGGCGAACCCCGCCCAGUACCGGGCGGCCACCGUCACACAGGGCUCACACAACAAGGUGUGCUCUCUGUUCUUUAUGGUGCUGUAUUUCUUCACCAUGGCUGGCAGUGUGUGGUGGGUCAUCCUCACCAUCACCUGGUUCCUGGCGGCCGUUCCCAAAUGGGGCAGUGAGGCAAUCGAGAAGAAGGCCCUGCUCUUCCACACCUGCGCUUGGGGCCUGCCCGGCUGCCUCACCGUGGCCCUGCUGGCCCUCAACAAGAUUGAGGGCGAUGGUGUGAGUGGGGUGUGCUUCGUAGGCCUCUAUGACGUCACGGCGCUGCGCUGGUUCCUGCUAGCACCGCUCUGCCUCAACGUGGCGGUGGGUGUAUCUCUGUUACUGGUGGGCAUCGUGGCGCUGAACCGUGUGCGUAUGGAGAUCCCUCUGGAGAAGGAGAACCAGGACAAGCUGGUGAAGUUUAUGAUCCGUAUCGGGGUUUUCUCUGUGCUCUACCUGGUACCUCUGCUCACGGUGAUAGCCUGCUACCUGUAUGAACACAGCAACAGGGCUGUCUGGGAGACCACCUGGGUCCAGGAGCGCUGCAGAGACUACCACAUACCCUGUCCCUACCAGGUUGAGCAGACCAGUCACCCAGAUCUGACCCUGUUCCUCAUUAAGUACAUGAUGAUGCUGGUGGUGGGGAUUCCCUCGGUCUUCUGGGUGGGCAGCAAGAAGACCUGCUUCGAAUGGGCCAGCUUCCUACAAGGACGCAGACGCAAAGAUAGUGGGGUGAAUGAGAGCAGACGGGUGCUCCAGGAGCCAGACUUUGCCCAAUCUCUACUGAGAGACCCCCACACCCCCAUCAUCAGGAAAUCACGGGGAACCUCCACCCAGGGCACCUCCACCCACGCCUCUUCCACUCACCUGGCCAUUCUGGAAGAGCCUGAUGACCCUAGACACGCCCCCGACAACCGUGGACCAAUCCACUCUCUGGGCCACGCCUCCUCCACCCGCAGCAAGGCUGGCAGCGUGCACAGCAAGACCAGUUACCAUGGCAGCCUGCAUCGCUCCCGAGACGGACGCUACACCCCCUGUAGUUACAGAGGCGGCGAGGAGCAAACAAUACCCCCCCACAGCAGCAUGCCUCACCUCGACCAUCCGCUGUCCACUCAUAGCAGCCUCCACCGACUGGAAUCCCAAUCACGGCACAGUAGCCAGCGUGAUCUCGCCGUUGCCUCACCCACCCAUAUCACCCACGGGACGAGCGGUGGCUGCGUCGCUAAUGAUGACGAUGGAGCAAGCGCCUGAACGGAAUCAGGAAAUGUCAUCACCGCGGAACAGGAAGUUGUGAGUUGUUGACCCGCUCCCCACCUUUGACAGACACAUAGGUUUCUCCCGUUCAGGAGGAGGGGGUGUGAGGGGGUGUGGCCUUCAGUUUGACUGACAGAUGGAUCACUCCUGGACAGCCUUUAACUGAGGUUGCUAACUAGCGAGAUGCUAAUUGCUAACCCUCAGUCAAGCAGUUGGCAUUGGACUGGGCUCCCGACGGAAAGACUGGUUACAGAGAGCCAGCCCACUAUGGAUGACGUGGGUUGUGUACAGGGGUUGCAACCAAAUUAUUUUCAUUCCAUUUAACUGUUCCAACCAGCAAAAUAAAGUUAUGAACCGGUUCGAAUCCCAAAAAAAGUAUGUUUUAUAUAGGUCCUUUCUGUUCCUUUUUUAAACCUCAGAAUUUUAGAUUAUUUUUUACAUUUAGCUCGACAUUAACUGACUUCACCAAUGAAUGGAGCAGCUUGCUAUGGAGUGGGCAUGCUAUGUAUAUGCAUUGGACAGACAAGUGUUGUGUAGUGUACGAGAUGCGACUGAAAUUUUGCAGGUGAGAAGAGCGCUGGGCAUGAAGAGCUGGGCAUCUUGAAUUAGACCCACAGAAUUAUACCUACAGAGGAGCGGCUUCUAUGAAGGAACUUUGACUGUCUUUGAACUUCAAAGAGUUGGCUUGACUAACGUUGAACCAGAGCUAGCCCUUGAUCAUGACUCAUUUACAUUACAUUACACAUAAUUCCACCUAGACUAGCUAGCUAGCGAACAAGCUUGUGUGUGCAGAGCGGCACCAGAAAUACAUUUUUUUUUAAAUGCUUUUUGUAGUUGAUAAAUCCAAUGUAAAACCUGAUAACUAUCCUUAACUACCAUUGAACAAGUUAAUCCAUUGUUCUCUAAGAAAAAUGUCUGAAUCAUUUUCAUCUGGCAGGCAGGCAGACACUGGAAUGCGUUUCUGAGUGACAAAGCAAGGGCUUUGCAUAGGUGCUUUGUUGCAUUUUUUUGUGGGACUGGAGGGAAAAAAAUGCCCGGAAAGUAAAAGAACAUUAUUAACCAGUUCCCAUUCUUUUAAAAUAACGGUCCUAAUCCGGAACAGUAUAGAUCACUUUCGUUCUCGGUUCUGUUCCCUGAACUGGUUCCAACCCCUGGUUGUGUGUAUGUGUGUGUACUCUGAUACACACAAAGCGAUUAGGAGAUGAGCUGUCAAUGUCUGUGUUACGGUGCUCUUGUGCUGCGGCUGUGAAACUACUAUUAUUUUUCUAUACUGUGAAGAUUGGCUGUGAAUAGUGCUGAAAAGAUGAGCUACUAGUAUUUGUGUGCUUGCGUGUGUACAUGCAGUGCUGUACAUUAAACCGCGUUAUACUCCCACCAGGUGGAGAAAAAGUAGAGAAGCGUAUAAGAGAUGAAGCGAAGGAAGCUAGGGGAGAAAGUGUGGCUUUGAAGCAACCCUUAGGCACUCCUGUUGAUUUAAUAUGGUCAUUCCUUCACCUUGCCUGCCGAUGGGCUCGGUGGAAUUCAUACCAUAUUGCUGCUGGAGUUCUUUGGGAAUAGUUUCAAUUUGGCAUUCAGAAAGCUACGGAAGAAUGA